GGCCUGUUGCUGUGGUACUGCCGCUUGUUCCUUGUGCUGCAAAUGCUGCCCCAAGAUAAAACAGUCAACCAGCACCCGCUUCAUGUAUGCGCUCUACUUCAUCCUGGUGACUAUCAUCUGUUGUGUCAUGAUGUCAACAACAGUAGCUAACGAAAUGAAAACACACAUACCCUUCUACAAGCAAAUGUGCAAGGGUCUUCAGGCGGGUGAGAUGUGCGAGAAGUUGGUGGGAUACUCUGCAGUGUACAAAGUCUGUUUUGGAAUGGCCUGUUUCUUCUUUUUGUUCUUCUUGUUCACCAUCAAAAUUAAGAGCAGCAAAAGCUGCCGAGCAUACAUUCAUAAUGGAUUCUGGCUUGUUAAACUUCUACUUCUGGCAGCGAUGUGCUCAGGAGCCUUCUUCAUUCCUGAUCAGGACACUUUCCUCAAUGCCUGGCGCUACGUAGGAGCAACAGGAGGUUUCCUUUUCAUUGCCAUUCAGCUCAUCCUGCUUGUUGAGUUCGCACACAAAUGGAAUAAAAAUUGGACUGCAGGUGCAAACCACAAGCAGAUGUGGAAUGGUUUACUUGCCCUGGUCACUCUCAUCUUGUACUCCGUGGCUGUGGCAGCCCUCAUCCUCAUGGCUCUUUUCUACACACGCUCAGAGGGCUGCAUGUACAACAAAGUCCUGAUCGGUGUUAACGGUGGCCUGUGCCUCUUUGUGUCACUGGUGGCCAUAUCGCCCUGUGUCCAGAAUCGCCAGCCCCAUUCUGGUUUGCUGCAGUCAGGAGUUAUCAGCUGCUACGUCAUGUACCUCACUUUCUCAGCACUAUCCAGCAAGCCACCAGAAACUAUCCUGGAUGAAAACAAUCAGAACAUCACAAUCUGUGUACCUGAAUUUAGUCAAGGCCUGCACAGAGAUGAAAACCUGGUUACUGGCCUGGGUACUACCAUUUUGUUUGGCUGCAUUUUAUAUUCUUGUUUGACCUCAACAACACGUGCAAGCUCAGAGGCACUGAGGGGAAUAUAUGCAACACCUGAAACCGAAGUAGCUCGUUGCUGCUUUUGCUGUGUGCCUGACGGAGAUGCUGAUGCUGAAGACCACAUUGAAAAAAGGGGAGGCCAGACUGUGAUUUAUGAUGAGAAGAAAAGCACGGUGUACAGUUAUGCCUACUUCCACUUUGUUUUCUUCUUGGCUUCGCUCUACGUGAUGAUGACAGUAACUCAUUGGUUCCAUUAUGAAAGUGCUCAGAUUGAAAAAUUCUUCACCGGAACCUGGUCCAUCUUCUGGAUUAAGAUGGUCUCCUGUUGGGUUUGUGUCUGUCUGUAUUUAUGGACUCUCAUUGCUCCACUCUGUUGCCCAACCAGAGAGUUCUCAGUGUGAACACUCAGAAGAUCCUUCCAUGUUUUUAUCUUUUUUUUUUUCGUUACAAAUAAAAUACAACAGUCAUUUUGCAAGGAGGAAACACCUAUUGCCCACUUAUCCUAAUGUACCAGUUAGUAACUUUUUAGUCAGACUAAACAAAUGAUUGAAGACUUUUUUACCCUUUUUUAAUUGUUAUGAACAAGCAUUGCCCAAAGGAACAAAUCUGUCCCAAAAGUUUGUAAUGCUGAUGUGUGGAGUGUAGGAAACACAAUUGUUGCAUAAACUGGAAUAAGUGAAAUGCUUUUCAAAUAACUGACAAUCUUUCUCUGGCUUCAUUGGCAAGAAAAGAAAAAAUCAUGGUGCAGAUAUAUCUUCUUCCUUCCUGUGAAUGUUGGGUAUCUUCUAGCAAAUAUGCAUUCCUUUUUAUACUCUUUUAUUAGCUGUUUCUUUUACAGUUUGCAGUGAUGAUUUGUACUGCUGUUUUGUACAGCAUAUAAUUCUUGUAAGUAGUAUACAGAUAUUUUUUUCCGAAAACAUAACUAAUUACUUCUGUAGAAAUAGAGAACAUGUAAGAAUUCAACUGCCAAAGCAUCUACUAAAAAUUGUUUAUCUAAAUAUUAAAUAUAUUAAGUUAUUGUAUACCUAGAUUGAGAAAGGAAUGUACCAAUGAUAAUAGAGUAUUUAUUCUGUUAUAACUUUAAAAGGCACCUGAAUAUUUUAUGCAAUUCAGAUCUGGUCUGAUUGUUAACAGAAGGGGAUUUCUACACAAAAAUUCUUGAACUCUGAAUUUUGUCUACCUUUGCUUUGCCAGCUCACUUAAACUGCAAGUUGUGUGUACUGCACAGGGAUUCAAGAUACGGUACAUUCUUUAUUCAGAAUGUUUGCUGUUGAGAAAAUGCUAAUUACAGGAGCACUGCCAGUUGCUGUUAAAUUUAAAAGUGGAGUGCUCAUUUACUUUUCUACCCUGCUGUUUCAACUUGUGUCUAAAGAUCUCCCAGGAUCUUCAGUUCUGUUUCCAUGACUAAUUUUAUAAUAUUUUAAAUGCAUUGAUGGUCAGAAAAUGACUACAGUGUGUCAUCUUCCUUUUCUGCCUGUGUGUUGGUUGGAAAGUAUUCUUUCUAACUGCUAUAUUUUUAUACUCCUCUGUUGAUGUUAGUUUUGCUGUUGGGAUGGGACUUAGCCAACCAAUCCAUUAAUGGAGACUAAACUUCUUUUGGAGAACUCCUAUUCCAAGCAGUGGGGUAAGCAGUCAGAAAAACAAAACCAGAAGACACAAAUGUAACAGCAGCUGCCUUAGUACAAAUGACUGACUUGACAAUGUUAAAUCCUACCAUGUAAUUUUUAUUUGCUUUAAGCAGAUGAUUUGGUGGUAGAACAACAGCUCAGAUGCCGUAAAUGCUAAAUAAGGUUGAACCCACUGUAGCUAUCUACAUUCCAGUGGGAUAAAUUAAUGACAUACGCUAGUCCCAGAGGUUUUGUCUUCUCUCUCUCUCUGUAUAUACACAUACAAUGUGAAAUAUGCAGGAUAUAAACAAAAUUAACUGAUUUAGCAGUGCUCUUUUUGAAAUAUGAUUGAGCCUUAAAUCUUCACCCAUUCUUUCUGCAAAACAAAGAAAAGCACAAGAUAAUGGCCAAUGAGAUGGCCAAAAUAUUUGCAUGCCUUAUUUGUUCUAUUGCAAUAUUGAUGGCUAAUGCA